AUGAUGCUCAACCUAGUCCUUCCUUUGCUAUACCUAUUCUCGCCGAUGGUGUUGGGUUCACCCAUUGGUGAUUUGUUCUCCGUUAUCGAUAACUCAGACUCGCCGUCAGACUCGCCGCCCGAUUCGCCUACAGACUCGCCGCCGACCUCGCCAACAUCCUCUAAACUCGUGGUUGCACACUACAUGGUGGGAAAUACCAAUAGAUACCGAGUAGAUGACUGGGAGACCCACAUUCAACGUGCCGACAACACUGGAUUUGACGCCUUUGCGCUCAACAUUGGCAACGACGCGUGGCAAAUUGGUCAGCUGAAACGCGCCUUUGAAGCGGCGGGUCGCCAUGAGAACUUCAACCUCUUCAUCUCGCUCGAUAUGAACUCGAUACCCUGCAACACCCAAGACGACGCCGGCUUUAUGGACGCUAUCAGCCAGUUCUUCGACGAUCCUCAAUAUCAACUGUAUGACGGCAAGCCUCUUCUAUCAACUUUCUCUGGGCAAGACUGCACAUUCGGUCAUGCAAGUGUCGUCGAUGGCUGGAAGUAUGCUUUGAGCAGAUCUCGGAGGAUGAUUCAUUUCGUGCCGUCGUUUUUUGCGCAAGAUGGCGGGUUUCCACAUGACCUGGCAGCGAUGGACGGAGGGUUCAAUUGGAAUUCAGCUUGGCCUGUCGGGCGUUCCAACAUCUCGUUCCACUCAGACUCGAAUUGGAUCAACGAUCUUGGCGGUCGCACCUACAUGGCCGGUGUUUCUCCUUGGAUGUUCGCACACUACUCGUCAGCAACGUUGAACAAGAACAUGAUCUACUACAUGGACGAGUGGAUGCUUACGAAACGCUGGGAGCAACUGAUAGAACACCGUCAACAAGUCGAUAUUGUGCAAGCCAUCACCUGGAAUGACUUUGGCGAAUCGCACUACAUCGGACCUCUCCUGUCGUCAGAGUCGCAACCCGGUUCAGAAGAGUGGACAACGGGCUACGACCAUACACCCUGGCUUGAUCUGUUUGCUUUCUAUAUCAACGCAUUCAAAACUGGGACGUACACUAUUUCGCAAGACCGUAUAUUUCUUUGGGCUCGACUCUUUCCUGCGAUGGCUGAAACUCCAGACCCCGUCGGACCACCACAUAAUCGUGAAAUGACGCAAGAUGCUGUUUGGGCAGUUUUUCUGCUCACGAAGCGGGGAGACAUCCAACUGGAGUGUGGCGAUCAGCAGCAGAUAUGGCGAAAUGUACCCAGGGGUAUUUCCAAGGUCCAAAUUCCUCUGCAGAGCGACUGCCAGGUCAAAGCUUUUGUUGGGAGAGCGGGUGAGAGCUUAGACUCCUCCUCCCUGCGCAUCCCACUCCCGCUUCCACCGGCUUCUCAUCGGCUCGACAUCCCCGCAUACCACCACUCCGUCCCUCCCACCUCCAACAAAAAUGGUGAAAUUCCGUUGAGAACUCGCCGAGAACGCCUUUUGAUGGAGCGAGUGCAGUCGCGGGCAGGCCAAAAUUGCAAGGCCUGA